UGGGACGUGGGCGCGGGGAGACACGCAGUGGCUACGACGGAGAGGGGAGCCGAAGCUGUGUCUGGGCAGCCAGGCUAGGCCAGGAAGACCAUGUGAAUGGGGCCAGAGGGCUCCUGGGCUGGGCAGGGACCAUGGGCUGUAGCUGCAGCUCAAACCCUGAAGAUGACUGGAUGGAAAACAUCGAUGUAUGUGAGAACUGCCAUUACCCCAUAGUCCCACUGGAUGGCAAGGCCAUGCUGUCCAUCUGGAAUGGCUCUGAAGUGCGGGAUCCACUGGUCACCUACGAGGGCUCCAACCCCCCAGCUUCUCCGCUGCAAGACAACCUGGUUAUCGCCCUGCACAGCUAUGAGCCUUCCCACGAUGGAGACCUGGGCUUCGAGAAGGGUGAACAGCUACGUAUCCUGGAGCAGAACGGCGAGUGGUGGAAGGCGCAGUCCGUGACCACGGGCCAGGAAGGUUACAUCCCCUUCAACUUUGUGGCCAGAGCGAACAGCCUGGAGCCCGAACCCUGGUUCUUCAAGACCCUGAGCCGCAAGGACGCGGAGAGGCAGCUCCUGGCGCCCGGGAACACGCACGGCUCCUUCCUGAUCCGAGAGAGUGAAAGCACCACGGGAUCGUUUUCACUGUCCAUCCGGGACUUCGACCAGACCCAGGGAGAAGUGGUGAAACAUUACAAGAUCCGUAACCUGGACAAAGGCGGCUUCUACAUCUCCCCCCGCAUCACUUUUCCUGGCUUGCAUGAGCUGGUCCGCCAUUACAUGAAUUCUUCGGACGGGCUGUGCACGAGGUUGAGCCGCCCCUGCCAGACCCAGAAGCCCCAGAAGCCGUGGUGGGAGGAUGAGUGGGAGGUUCCCAGGGAGACGCUGAAGCUGGUGGAGCGGCUGGGGGCUGGCCAGUUCGGAGAGGUGUGGAUGGGGUACUACAACGGGCACACGAAGGUGGCAGUGAAGAGCCUGAAGCAGGGCAGCAUGUCCCCCGAUGCCUUCCUGGCCGAGGCCAACCUCAUGAAGCAGCUGCAACACCAGCGGCUGGUCCGGCUCUACGCGGUGGUCACCCAGGAGCCCAUCUAUAUCAUCACGGAAUACAUGGAGAAUGGGAGCCUGGUGGAUUUUCUCAAGACCUCCGCAGGCAUCAAGCUGACCAUCAACAAACUCUUGGACAUGGCAGCCCAAAUUGCAGAGGGCAUGGCAUUCAUUGAAGAGCGGAAUUACAUCCACCGUGACUUGAGGGCCGCCAACAUCCUGGUGUCUGACACCCUGAGCUGCAAGAUCGCAGACUUUGGCCUAGCACGCCUCAUUGAGGACAAUGAGUACACAGCCAGGGAGGGGGCCAAGUUUCCCAUUAAGUGGACAGCACCAGAAGCCAUUAACUAUGGGACAUUCACCAUCAAGUCGGACGUGUGGUCUUUCGGGAUCCUGCUGACGGAGAUUGUCACUCAUGGCCGCAUCCCUUACCCAGGGAUGACCAAUCCUGAGGUGAUUCAGAACCUGGAGCAAGGCUACCGCAUGGUACAACCUGACAACUGUCCAGAUGAGUUGUACCACCUUAUGAUGCUGUGCUGGAAGGAGCUCCCGGAAGACCGGCCCACCUUUGACUACCUGCGCAGUGUGCUGGAGGACUUCUUCACAGCCACAGAGGGCCAGUACCAGCCGCAGCCCUGAGGAGCCUAGCUGGCUGGGGCUUGGAGCCCUCCCCCUACCUAGCCAACCUGGCUCGGGGAGAUGCAGUUCCUGUGUUACACCCACGUGGCCUAUGCACAUAUGGACUCUGCAUGUGAAUCCCGCCCACGUGCGACACAUACACUUCUCAUGUCCUGUACACGGGUUCUGUAGUUGGGUGGGCUCUGCACAUGUGUCUUGUACAUGUGUGGCCUGUGCAUAUAUGUCUUGGACACUUGUCCAAGUUGUCCCCUUCUGGGCCCGCCCACUUCUGAGACCACCAAAGAGAGGAGAGAGGCCUGUGAUUGACACCAGCUUCUCCCCACCCCCCUUUCCUUUCCCCUGGUCAUCAAGAAGCUCCUUGAGGGCUGGGACCUUAUCUAAUACCUCUGUGCGCUCCUCUUUGGUGCCUGGCACCCAUAAGGAGCUCAAUAAAUGUCUGUUGGUGAAGAUUGCA